CACCCAACCCGUUCGCUUCACUCCCUCGCCUCGUCUCGUCUCGCCGCCCCACCUUUCCGCCCGCCCGCGCGCUCUGCCUCGUGCUCCCUCCCCUCCGCCAGCAGCGAAAGCGGCGGCGGCCGCCUGCCUCCUCCCCACGCCCAGCGGAGCCGGGGCGGAGUGCGCUCCUCCAGCCGAGAUCCGCGCGGAGGGCGGCGACUCGUGUCGCCGGUGAGGGAGUCGCCCCGCUCCUCCCGAGAUUCGGUUGGUGCUCCCUGCUGCUUCCCCCCUCAGCGCCGCCUCAAGGUCGAACCCGCGAGCUGACCACGCCAGACUGCACUUCCCGCCCGCCCGAUGAAGGCGCGCCGCGCUUCGAGCCCGCCGCCGCCGCUCCGGUCCCUCCAGAUGACCAUUGCCACCGGAGGGAUGAGCUGAACUCCAAGCUAGUCUGAGGGCUGGGCAGUGCUGAAAAUGGUUUCAUGAAGCUUCAGCAUGAAACCUCCGAUGCCGAGGCUUUGGUCUCGGCAGCAUCAAGGAACCUCUCUUCCUCGUCCUCGGCAUUUGUUUCAGCGAACCAGUCCCCCUUCUUCACGCCACGCUCGCUGUCUGCUCGUGCCCCUGAGCAUGCCGGUCCUGAGAACAAGUGCUCCGCGAAUGGAAUUGCGCUGAAAAUCAGUGACAUACUCUCCGGUGACUCCUUACAGCCGGAGCAGCUACCUUCAGCUAAUGUCGGGAUCUUGCCAUCAGAUGCGUCUCCUCCUAUCAGCCUUUGCACUUCAAGCAACUUUGGCACUCCAGCGAUUGUCUACAACAAUCCCAGCUUCGUUUCCACUUUCAAUGUCCCCUGUCAAGGUAGUUCAUCAGCGACCAGCAAUGGCGGUCGUUCGGCCCGGAAAGAGAAGAAGAAGAGGCUGGGGGCAAUGUAUCGCAAAUCUUCAUCGUCCCAACCGACCACAUCAGCUGCAUCUGUCAGUAGGCUUCGGAGUUAUGAUGUGUAUAUUGGAUUUCAUGGCCGCAAGGCUUCGCUGCUGAGGUUCACAAACUGGCUUUGUGCAGAAUUAGAGAUCCAUGGAAUCAGCUGCUUUGUUUCUGACAGGUCUAGAUGCCGGAAUUCUCACAGCCACGAUGCUGUUGAGAGGAUAAUGAAUGCUUCCACAUAUGGAGUUGUUAUUCUCACAAAGAAGUCAUUUGGCAACCCUUAUACCAUUGAGGAGCUCAGGAACUUCUUUGGCAAGAAAAAUCUCAUCCCUAUAUUUUUCGACUUGGAUGCAGCUGAUUGCCUUGCCAGGGAUAUCAUCGAGAAGAGAGGAGAACUGUGGGAGAAACAUGGUGGUGAGCUGUGGAUGUUGUAUGGUGGGAUGGAACAUGAGUGGAUUGAAUCAGUUGAUUCUCUUUCUCGGGUGGUAGAUGUGCAACUAGAAGCGAAUGAUGGCAACUGGAGAGAUUGCAUACUGCAAGCAGUUAUUCUUUUGGCCACAAAAUUAGGAAGGAGAAGUGUGGUUGAUAGGGUGAACAGAUGGAAAGGGAGGAUGGAGAAGGAGGAAUUUCCUUUCCCCCGAAACGACGAUUUUGUCGGCAGGAAAAAGGAGCUCUCAGAAUUGGAGCUCAUUUUGUUUGGUGACGUCACAGGAGAUGGAGAGAGAGAAUAUUUUGAGCUCAAGACAAAGCAGAGAAGAAAAGGCCUUGCGGUUAGGCGGUCUUCUAACAAUCAUGAGAAAGUGAAUACCGAUGACAGCAAAGGUAAGGAGCCAGUUUUGUGGAAGGAGACUGAGAAAGACAUUGAGAUGCAGAGACUGGGUAGUCCAUCGCGACAUGGGCGUCCACUGAGAGUGAAGAAUGGAGUAAGGAAUGGAAGGAAGAGAAGAUCUAGGAAGAUACUUUAUGGAAAGGGUAUUGCUUGCAUAUCAGGGGAGCCUGGAAUUGGCAAGACAGAGUUGGUUUUGGAGUAUGCGUAUAGAUUCUUCCAGAGAUAUAAGAUGGUUUUAUGGGUCAAAGGGGAAAGCAGAUAUAUUCAACAGAACUAUUUGGCUCUGCGAACUUUUCUGGAAGUAGAUUUAAGCGUGGAUAGUCACAUGCAUGAAAAGGGAAGUGACAGAUGCUUUGAAGAGCAGGAAGAGGAAGCCAUUGCCAAAAUCCGGCAAGAAUUGAUGCGCGACAUACCAUUCUUAGUCAUAAUUGAUAAUUUGGAGAGUGAGAAGGACUGGUGGGAUAAGAGAGUAAUAAUGGACCUUCUGCCCCACUUUGGUGGGGAGACUCACUUUAUCAUAACAACACAUCUUCCACGCAUGAUGAACUUGGAGCCAAUGAAGCUUUCUUAUUUAUCUGGUGCUGAGGCAAUGACUUUAAUGAAGGGAGGUGUCAAGGACUAUCCACUGGUGGAGAUUGAUGCUCUCAAAACCAUUGAGGAGAAGCUUGGAAGACUCCCUCUCGGCCUAAGUAUUGUUGGAGCUAUACUCUCGGAGCUCCCAAUCACUCCGACUAGGCUACUUGACUCAUUGAAUCGGACAUCACUCGUAAGAAAUUUCUCGUGGAACGAGAGAGAAGUUCGCAGCUUGAAAAAUCAUGAAAUCCUUGUCCGGCUGCUGGAUGUGUGCUUAUCGAUAUUUGACCAUGCAGAUGGUCCUAGGAGUCUGGCAACUCGGAUGGUUCAAGUGAGUGGUUGGUUUGCACCCUCUGCAAUUCCAGUUCACAUGUUGGCUCUGGCUGCACAUAAAGUCCCAAAGAAGCACCGGAGGGGUCCAAGGUGGAGGAAGUUGUGGCGGUCACUAACUUGUGGCCUUGCAACUUCUAGGAUGAAGAGAUCUGAAGCUGAAGCAGCUGCAAUGUUAAUGAGGUUUGGAAUUGCGAGAUGCAGUUCAAAGCCUGAACAUGUAGAGUUUCAUGAUCUGAUCAGGCUAUACGCGCGACAGCGAGGCACACGAACAGCUCAGGCUGUGGUCCAAUCAGUGUACCUCCAAGGCUCAAUCAAACAUUCUUCUGAGCACCUGUGGGCUUCCUGCUUCAUGGUUUUUGGAUUUGGUUCUGAUCCUCUGCUGGUAGAGUUGAGGCCAUCUGAACUGAUGUUCUUUGUGAAACAGAUUGUCGUGCCACUCGCUAUACACACAUUUAUAACAUACUCCCGUUGUAACGCAGCACUGGAGCUGCUGCGCCUAUGCACUGAUGCGUUAGAGAGAGCAGCUGAGUCCAUGCUUGCUCAUGCUGGCAAAUGGAGAGAAACAUCAUUCUCCUGCUUCAGGCAAGCUCAGUCGGAAGCCCAGUACACUUAUCUUUGGCAGGAGCUGGCUCUUUUGAAAGCUUCUGUAUUGGAAACAAGGGCCAAGUUGAUGCUCCGAGGUGGACAAUAUGACAUUGGAGAUGACCUGAUAAGAAAGGCAAUAUUUAUCCGCACAUCUAUCUGUGGCGAGCACCAUCCUGACACUGUUUCUGCUCGAGAAACCCUUAGUAAACUCACAAGGCUUCUUACAACUGUUCAGCUUAGUUGAUUCAUAUAGUUUAGGAGUUCACAAUAUAUUCUUUUCAGUGUGGCUUUUCAUGAACGCCGUACAAAAUGCACCAGAUCUUGAAAUAACAAAGUAAAUUUGUCUUCAGUAUUCUUUACAACUCCUUUUGUUGUUUUCCAGCAUUUUUUUUCUUGCCUUCAUAAAUAUGCAAGCAUUGGAGUAAACUGCUGUAUUUUGUUUUUCUAGACUACUGCAAUUGCAUGCACCCAAAAUUAGUGAGCUAUGAUUGUAAGUUUGCAUCCCUGGAUGAUAAGGUGUCAUAAUAUUGCACAGGGCUACAGUUCUGUACAUUAUCACUCUAAUGAAGUAAUGGUUGAGGCCAGUAGAGUUCAUACAUGAACUGGUUGCAUUUGUUGUGUUGUUGGUUUAAGAGCUGGACAUUACUUUCAUGGCUAUGCAGUUGCAGAGUUACAUCAAAUGCAGCUAACAUUUGCUUAGGAUAGUGCGGAGCACUGAACUUGCACCAUGCUGUUAUCAACUUCCACAUUCCUUUGUAAUGAACUUGCUGGAUGUGGUACACUACUUUUGGUAUAAACAUCAGUGAUGAAAAACAACUAAUUUAUCAACAAUUGUCAUGAUCAUGACCUUCAACUUAGGGAUGUAGAUUUUUUGGGACUGAUUUUCCAGGUCUUAGGUCUCUCGUGUAGACUGAACUUCGUGUCAUUGUGUGUAUUGAAACUCAAGACAUAUUUGUCAGUGGGGAUGUGCCAUGAUCAGAGGAUACCUUUCAUUGUUGUGCGAGUCAAAGGAUACCUUUGUAUCUCCAUACAUUACUUCAAAGCUAUGGAUGCACUGGCACUGAUGUCUACUAGUCGCCCCUUGUGUACUCAUCAAUCUCCAUGUUCAUAUAUUUUGUACUCAUCUCAGUGCCACAACUUCCUGUGCCUUGAUUGCUAUGACUUUGUCAUCAACAUUUUAUGUCAUUAAUUUGCAAGAAUUUUUCCAACCAUAUCUGAGCGCGCACAUUUGUAUAUUCCAACUUCUAACUGUCUCCAGUGGGCAGUGACCCUGCUUUUUUUUUUCUAAAACUUCAAUAUAUUUUUUUCUAGAACGACCCUGCCUGAAUAUGGAUAAGUACAAAUGUGGAAAUUAUUAAUACUUAGUUCUACUUCAUUGAGCUGGGAGUUGGGACUCUUGUUAUAUCUGGACAUGUUUUGUAAUCUUAAUCAUGCAGGGAUGCUGAAAGCAUUAAGUGACCGGAUGCAGCAUCAGGUUUGUUGCAGGCACGUAACCUAAGGCAGAAUGUGCCUUACUUUUUCUUUUUCCUUUUAUCAUACAUUUAUCAUGAAAGAAUAAAGAUGAAUGCGACAAGUUAUUAAACCUAAUUAUGUUUGUAAUCAGCUUAUCUUGCAGUCAUGCUAUUGAUAGAUGAUGAAAAUAGAACUUUACAAUCUAUUUGCUAGUAGAAUAUCUGGCAUAUUUAUGAGUUGCAUGUUUGGUUAAUGUCAUAUUUGUAGAACAAAUCAAUAAAUAGAUUCAAUGAAAUGUAAAUUAUAAAUACUGUGUAGCUGUAUUCACUUUAGGAAUUCACAUGUAAUUUUUAUUUCUAUUUUCAAAGAAAUAUUUUUUAAAAUGAAUUGUUGAUGUCGAAACAGUGCUCUUUCAAUCAAUGGACAGAUUGUCAAACCGUGCUGCCUCAAGUUUCGAAGUAAGCAUUCCCUAGAUCACGUGAUCAAGAUGUUAUAACUGCGGCUCUUGGAACACUGAAUUAUGGUCCUUUAUCAAGUUAUAUAGAGGCCCAAGAUGGCAUGCCUGCUGGUGGAGCCGUGACUUUAUAUGUAUCAUUUUUGACAUUUACGCUGCAUACAUCAAGGUCAAAUAAGCGAGGAAUAUAUGCUGCAGAAUAUUGAGCUUUCCGUUGCAAUGUUAGAGGGGGCAGCUUGGAUUCGAAGGGCAAUCAGCACGAAGAGUGGCAUGCUAUGGUGAUCACUCGUGCGUUCCACAUUCAUUUCAUGACACUGCACAUUCAAUAGAAGAAAAGCAGAAUUGGGCGGCUUUGGAGCUCCCUGUGAUCUCAUGGUGUGUGACUCUGUUAUUUCUGGUCUCAUUUUUUUGGGUCUGGUGAUCAGUUAAUUAUUGACCCCCUACUCCUUAUCUUAGGUUUGUUUUACUACCCA